CACUGAUAACCAAUUAAAUAAGUUGGAAUCAUUUUACUACGCACAAUUGUUGAUUAUAAUGAACAUUUAUCUGAAAAAAUGUGUGAUACACAACUCUUAUGGGACAGUUUUCUAUCGAAUGAUUAGUUCCUCCGAAAUGGCAACCGCUUUGAGACCGUUUUACUUUGCCGUACAUCCUGACCUUUUCGGGCGCUAUCCUGAGCAAAGGCGUGUUAAUGAAGAUUCCCUUAAAUUACUCAGCGCACACUUGGAAUCACUACUUAGUCAGAGGCAAGUGUUGCCUUCCACACCAAAGCAACUUCCUUUCUACAUUCGAGCAUCCAACUCACCCGAUCAACGCGGGAAAUUUAAUCUUAUAAAGGUGCCACUAGAACGAACCACUGAUACUAAAUUGGUGUUGCGGAAGAUUUUACAAUCCUGCAACCUUUCUACAGAUUAUGUGGACAAAAUGUCUUCGGAGAGCUCUUCCACAAGUGUAAAAGGUCAUCGAUCAAGGUCAAGUUCCGACGACUCACGAGAUAGUUCUUUUGUUCAUCGAAAACGACCGGAUGAGGAUUCUCCAUUCGAGAGUGAAUUCGAUAUAUUUCAGUUUCGAGUCAAAAAAGCGAGAGAAAAUGAAUCGCUAAAAUUUUGGUUACAAAAGCACAUGAUUACGGCUAAUGUACGUACAAAAGGAUUGCAGGAGUUGAAAGAUGAAGUUGAGAAGCUGAGAGAGUCAAUGAUGAAGUUGUUAGAGGUGAAAGACAUAAUUUAUGAUUGUGGAUGGAAUGUUGAGCACUUUCGAGGUUGUCUGAAAAGUUUAGAACGACUAGCAGCGUUGUAUCCCCAAGCUAUGAUUGGUCUGAAAAAUAGAAUAGUUGUGUUUGCGCCAUUCACCGGAGUUAGCUUGGAUGGACACGUCAUGCUUUACACUGGAGACGUCCAAAGGAAUUGGUUGGAUCUUAUUCAACAUAUUGAAAAGCACGAUGCCUAUCUGCGAAAACUUCCUGCGUAUGAGUAUGCGUUGUCACAAGUGCUACGCAAUAUUCGAAUAGGUCGCCGUAAAUUUAUGCCAAAGGCCGAAGCAAUGUCGUACGCUUCUCAUUUGCGCAAGAUAACUACUGCUCUGUUGGAUUAUUUAGGAAAAUCUAAAUAUCCGAAGAGUUGGCCACUGGAUCUUUCGAAAUUUGAAAUCGUUGUGGAAUCAGAAGCAGGACCAAUGAUGGUUAGUCCGACAGGGCAGUUGAUUGUACCGGCAACCUGUCCUGGUUCUUUACUAGUCGACUUUCUGACAACACAUUUGGAAGAAUCACUUGAAAAACAACGAUCGUACAACCAGCAGAAGCACGUAGAACGGGAUUUACACGAGCGCUGUAUGAAACAGUUCCAACUAUUUUCCCUCGAUAAGGAUGAUUCCGUCACACCGGACCGGAUGAUCGAGUGUUUAGAGAAGCUGAUCGCCUCAGACGAAUUAGAGUUGAACGAUAUUCACCUGAACAUAACAACGUACUACUCGGUGCUGAAUGAUGGUACAGUGUGCAUACCAUGGAACUGGAAGUAAAAUUCUUGGUGUGUUGAAUCGCAGCUGCAGUCAAAUUAUUAGGGAUAAGAGAUAUGCAAUAAAAAUAUUCAUAUAUUUACUAAUUGUGUUCUAAAAUAUAGAAUACAAAGACAAUAGUUAGCAAUAAAUUAGUU